UUUUUUUUUAUUUGGCGGGUUGAUGAUUUACAUCGGAGCUUAUAUAAAAGUUGAUGUUCUAGCAAAAUCAGUUUCAUUGAAACAAGCCUCCCCAUCCGCGACACAAGGAUCUCUUGAAGUCUCAAUUCUUCUUUUAUAAAGUUUUGAAGAGUUAAUAUUAUCAAUCUGAUAAAUAGUUUAACUUAAAAUAAUAUUGGCGCUUUUUUAUAAAUAAUUCCCAUAGUGGUAAUACAUAGUGUCACAAUUAAUGCACUUCAUUUAACUUUUUUUUUGCAAAUUAAGUUUAUCUCCUGAGUGAGAUUUGUGUUAAUUUUUUUUUUUGUUAUAUUGAAUUUGAUAAAAAAAAAACAAAAAUAAAUUUAAAAAGUGUUUGACAACAAUCGUUUAUUAAUUUAAGAGGACUUUUUACUCUGCUAUUGAUGCUGUUUUUAUUAUUUAACUUUUGUUUAUUUUGUGUGAUGGUUUAAAACAAGUUUAGUUGUUUAAUUUUGUGAUUUUGCUUUAUGAUAAGUUGUGAAAUUCUGAACCGAUUUUUUGAUUUAAUUUGUUUUAAUUGUGUGGUUUUACGGAGAUUUUGCAAACAGAUUAAUAUUUUUCAAAUAAUCUUGAUAUUUUCUGAAGCAAAGGACGACAGCUUAGUUAAAACGAUUUUUUAUUAACAAGGAUAACAUUAAAUUAACCAUGGACAGUAGUUAUCUCAAAUCACCAUACUCAAAACGAUAUGUCAUAGAAGAUUCAGUCCCAAAGGCCACAUCUGAUGGAGAGCCUCAUGAAGUAAUGACACUUGUAGCCGGUCUAUCAGGAAUGCUAGCAGCUUUUGUUAUAUUAGGAAUCCUUAUAACCUUAAUCGGUUGUCGUAGGAAAGAAAGACAACGCCCUAAAAAUCCACCACCACCAACACCAGAAGCUAGUGAAAUAUCUGAAAUUAGUAAUAAACGAUCAUCUAUGUUGCCACUUUUUACCAAAAGUAUCAGCAUGAUGGAAGAAACCAAUCCACGUCUAGUUUCAGUAUCGGUUAUUUCAAACAAUUUGGGAAAUUUAAAUCAAGCCUUCGUUGCUAGCGAAAUGUGUCUUGGACCAAAGGACGAAAAACAUAAGAUGUCCAUACAACACUUAUAAACAUGAUUUUAAAUUAAUUAGCUUAAUGCUAAUCCUAAGAGGCAAUACAAUAGACUGAACAGUUUUUAUUUUAUUAUAUUUUUUGUUAAUCAAAGUAUAAAACUUAGAGGAAUUUAUUUUUCUUAUUAAUAUAAUUAUUAUAUACGUACAAAGUAAUUUAUUUUUUUUUUUUAAUAAUUAAGUUUAUAUUAUAUAUAAAAUAUUUUUAACACGUACAUGUACAUACAUAUAAAUAUCUGUAAAUUAUUUAGAGAAAAAACCGAAGAUUUUUUUAAGAAUGUAAAAUAUACAAAACAUUUAUAUACCUAACAUAUAUUUUUAUAUAAUCACCUUGUGGCACUACUAAUAGUUUUAUAAAUAAUUAAACAAAAUGUAAUUAUGUAUAUAAUUUGAACACAUGAAUAAAGAAAAUAUAUGUAUUUUUAAAUAAUAAAAA